AUGCAGGCCGUCAAGGCAGGUAGUCCGUUGCCGGAGGAUAUGUCGUUGGCGGUGGACAGUAAGCUGAUCGUCGGCAUACCACGCGUCGCCACCACCACAAAGGACAAUGCCCCUGUACACAUCGACGUAGGUGGCACCAUCUACACAUCGUGUUUAGAAACGCUGACCUCAUACCCGGAGUCCAGACUGAGCAAGAUGUUUAACGGCACUAUUCCAAUAGUUCUGGACACUCUGAAGCAGCAUUACUUCAUCGACCGUGACGGCGGCAUGUUCCGUCACAUCCUCAACUUUAUGCGCUACAGGAAGCUUCUGCUGCCGUCCGACUUCCAAUACUUGGACCUGCUCAUUCAUGAGGCGCAAUUCUUCGAGCUAGAUAAUAUGGUGUAUGCUUUGACGAAGGUGAAGGUGGAAAGAGAGGGGAUAAAGCAGGAUAGAGAGUGGCUGAGUGAGGCUACUGAGCGUCUGAAGAAAGAAACUGAGAUGCUGAUGCAGGAGCGAGACCGUCUGCAGCAGCGCUGGUCUUAA